AUGGUUGAUUUGAUUGGAGAGUCAUCACAUAACCAAAUAGGAAAUGUUUCAGCUGAGAUACAUUUUUUUAGCUGGAUUGUUCCAACAUUUAAGAUGUUGAGGAAGUAUCGUCAGGUUAAUUUCGUAGGUUUGAGCGUGAAUACUGCUAAGAAGUAUGUAUUUUCUGACCUUGAUGUUGCCUAUAUCUUUUACAAUGCAUUUGGGAGGGACAAUGGAUUUUCAAUUAGGAAGUUCAAGGUUGGGCGAAGUGAGAUUGACAAGAGCAUACUCUGGCAAACAUUUGUGUGUUCAAGACAAGGAUAUCGUAUUUUCAGAGGGGUCAAUGAAACAAAUAGGAAGAGAACUCUAAAGCCAGAGACUAGGUGUGGGUGUGUAGCACAAAUGCGAGUUCACAUAGAUGUUGGCAGGGACUGGUGGUAUAUAACAUUAUUUCAAAAUGAACAUAAUCAUGAGUUAAUUCCCCCAACUUUGAGCUGGAUGUUAAAAUCGGAAAGGAGAAUAACUGAUGAAGAAAUUCGAAGAAUGAACGAUAUGAGAGAUGCUGGAAUUUCCACCACCCAAAUAUAUAUGCAUUUUGCAGACUAA